AUGGCAUUGAUAUCAUCGUCAAAUUCAGCAGCUUCUGACGCUCGUGAUUUACGUGCAACUCAAAAUCCAGAUGCAUUUUUACGCAUAAAUAUAUUAAAUUUUCAAAUUCAUCAUAAUCAACCCAUUGAUUUAAGAGAAAUAAAAACACAAAUUGAACUUAAAGAAAAACAUCGAUCGUCACAACACUCUGUUGAAAAACCAGCACGAGUUAAGUUUCCAAUGUAUAUUGAAAAAGAUCAAUGUAUACCAUUUGAUGCUGGUAUAUUGUAUAGAAUAAAGCGACAGAUUAUUAUUCGAAUUCAUGCCAACAAAGUUAUUUAUGUAUUUGAAUCAGACUUAGAUGCAUUGAAAAAAUUAUCGGAUGGUUAUCGCCAUCGAUUCUAUUUUACACCAAAAGCUCAAGCUGAUAUGCUUAUUAAAUACAAAGAUUCCUUAGGUCGAACUAUUCGUAUUGUACAUACUAAUCAAGUUAGCAAUCGUUAUGCUGAACGACGGCAGCAAGUUUUUAAACAUUUUGGUCAUCAAUUUGUAGCAAAAAUAUUCAAAUUACCGACAUUUUGUGCCGUUUGUUCCGAAUAUCUUUGGGGCUUUUCUUAUAAAGGUUUUCAAUGUCAACAAUGUGAUUGCGUUGUACAUCAAACUUGUUAUAGUCGAUUUGCAUGUCCAUGCCGAGGAAAAAAAUAUCUCGAUCUCAAAAUUAAUGUCGCCCAUAAUUUUGAGCAACAACCAUUUUCUUUAAAACCAUUUUUUUGUGAUCAUUGUGGAAGUUUUAUUCGACCUGGACAUGCCCAGCGAUGUUCAUAUUGUACAGUAAUUAUUCAUCGUCGAUGUAUAUCGAAAGUGGGCAAUUAUUGUGGAUGUGAAGAAAACGUUUUAGCAUUAUACGAUAAAAUGAAAGAAACCAGUGAUUACGAAUCAAAUAAUUUCUAUCAAUAUAAUAGUGAUUUAUAUGCAAUUUAUUCAGAUCUCGAUCAUACUGAUCGACAACGCCAUGCACAAAAUGCUAUUGAACGUAUAUCAAAAUGUUAUCGACCAAAUAUAACUUCAGGAUUUGAUGUUAGUCAUCUUAAGUUAUUACGUGCAUUAGGUCAAGGUAUGAAUGGAGCGGUUUAUCUAGUAAAAUAUGGUCUAAGUAAUUAUGCGAUGAAAGUACUACGUAAAAAUGUUGUAUUAGAAGGUCAAGAUUUAGCAUAUGUCAUGUUAGAAAGAGAAAUAUUAAUACAAAGUCAGUUAAAUCCAUUCAUAGUUCAACUUAAAUAUGCAUUUCAAAAUGCUGAAAGACUUUUUUUCUUAAUGGAAGUUGCUAGAGCUGGUAAUUUUUAUCGCAUACUUAUCAAGCAAGCACCAAGACCAUUUCGUUAUGAACGAAUCGUAUUUCAUUCGGGAGAAAUAGCUUGUGCACUUUUAUUUCUGCAUUCAAAACGAAUUAUUUAUCGAGAUCUUAAGCCAGAAAAUGUUCUUGUUUUUGAUGAUGGCCAUGUAAAAUUAGGUGAUUUCGGCUUAUGUAAAAAGAGCACUAAUCAACAUCCAAAAGCAACAACAUUUUGUGGCACACAAGAAUAUAUAGCUUACGAAAUAUAUCAACAUUAUGAAUAUGAUGAAAAUAUUGAUUGGUGGUCAUUAGGUGUUAUGAUCUAUGAAUUAUUUACAUUUGUUACACCGUUUUAUGAUGAAGAUGACGUACAAAUAGAAGAAAAUGUUCUUUAUAAAAAUGUCUGUUUUCCUGAAACAAUGCCAACUGAAGCACAAAAAAUUAUAUCUGGCUUACUUGAACGUGAUCCAAAAUCUCGUCUUGGCAAUAGACAAUCACCGCAUGGACUUUUAAGUGAACAACCUUUUUUCCGUUCACCAUAUACAUUAGAUAAUAUUCAAAAUCAACGAAUACCUCCACCAUGGACUCCAACUUCAUUGACACCAUUCGAAUCAAGUGGUGAAGAUCUGCGUCUAUCUGAGCUCGAACAAAAGGAUAAAGUGUUACUUUUAUCAACACCACCAGAUGCGUUUCGUGACUUUUCUUAUGUCAGUCCUAAUGCUAUAACAAGUUUGUAA